ACAACAACACUAACACUAACACUAACUCAAAACAACAACAUUUUCAAUUCCUCUGUGUCUUUUUCUUUCUCUUCUCUUCACAGUUAUUAUACCCUCCUCUCUCUAUCUCUUUCCUUUUUCUCAAUCCUCUGUUUUCUUUCUUUACUCAUAACCAUGACCAAACUCUUCUCACCUUCCUAUCACAUCCCAUGCAAUUAUAGUGACAACCCAUGUUAGAAAGAUUGAGUCACAACCCCAAAAAAAAAAAAAGGUUUGUUAUGGAGAAUAGCAAGUGUGGCUGUUGGGCUCUUCUAAAACGAGGUGUUAGCGGUGCUUGUAAAUCCUCUUCCUCUAGAGACUCUGCUAACACUAUCCCUCGUACUAGUCUGGUUUAUGAUGCAGCAACUGAAACAAGAUACUUAAAUGCUAGCAAUCGAGAGUUAUGUCCUCCUAAUGAAGCACAAUUGUCUUCUGACAAUACUGAUCCACCAAAAGAGGAUAACAAGUCUCCGUGCCAAUUACUACAAUUCACUUUUCAAGAACUAAAAUCAGCAACUGGUAAUUUUAGACCGGAUAGCAUUCUUGGGGAGGGUGGAUUUGGGUAUGUCUUUAAAGGAUGGAUUGAGGAGAAUGGGACGGGACCGGCAAAACCUGGAUCGGGAAUAACAGUUGCAGUCAAGAGUUUAAAGCCAGAUGGUCUUCAAGGCCAUAGAGAAUGGGUGGCUGAAGUGGAUUUUCUUGGACAACUUCACCAUCCUAAUCUUGUUAAGCUUAUUGGGUAUUGUAUUGAAGAUGAUCAGAGGCUGCUUGUUUACGAAUUUAUGACACGAGGAAGUCUUGAAAAUCAUCUUUUUAGAAGGACAAUACCUCUUCCAUGGUCGAACAGGAUUAAGAUUGCACUAGGGGCUGCAAAAGGAUUAGCCUUUCUUCAUGGUGGUCCAGAACCAGUUAUUUACAGAGAUUUUAAGACAUCAAACAUUUUGCUUGAUUCGGAAUAUAAUGCAAAGCUUUCAGAUUUUGGUCUAGCAAAAGCUGGUCCGCAAGGUGACAAAACUCAUGUUUCUACCAGGGUCGUCGGAACAUACGGCUAUGCUGCUCCAGAAUAUGUAAUGACAGGACACUUAACAUCUAAGAGUGAUGUCUACAGCUUUGGCGUUGUGCUGCUAGAGAUUUUGACAGGCAGAAGAUCAAUGGACAAGAAGCGCCCUAGUGGUGAACAGAAUCUUGUUGCAUGGGCAAGGCCUUAUUUAGCAGACAAACGAAAGCUUUAUCAGCUGGUGGAUCCUCGAUUGGAGCUGAAUUACUCCCUUAAAGGAGUGCAGAAAGUUUCACAAUUAGCAUACAACUGUCUUAGUAGAGAGCCUAAAUCCCGGCCUAUAAUGGAUGAAGUUGUAAAGGUCCUCACUCCAUUGCAAGAUUUAAAUGAUCUUGCUAUAUUGUCUUACCACUCUCGUUUAUCUCAACAAGCGCGGCGAAAGAAGAAAUAUGAAGGAACUCAACAACAUACAAAUGCCUCAUCCAAAAGCAUUAAAGAUUCUCCAUUGAAUACCACUGGCAAGCAGCGUUGUAGAUGAUGGACAAUCAAAAUGCAGUCUUCUUGAUUGGCUUAACCGUGAAACAAAACAAAGGUUGGUAUAUCUACCUUUGUGGAUAGGUUAUGUGAAGAAAUUAUUUCAAGCUUGUUAUAGAACUGUUUGGGUGUUUUGAGAUUUUCUUGAACCGGAAAAACAUAUCAGAAGAGGAAAGGUAAAAUCAGUUUCUUUUGAAACCUUACACUAGAAAAGCUAACAAUUUGAUGUGUACCUUCCUUGUAUUUGCCUGUGUUGUAAUUGAGAUAUAGCCUGUAAUUAGAUAAUAGACCUUCCAUUUCCAAGAUUGUUAUAUGCAGCUAUCUGAAUAUCAAUUACUUUUGAGGUUUUGGAA